GAAUGAAUGUGGCGAUAACAGGAAAGGCCACUCAGUCAUCAUUAUAUGGGUUUGGGUUUGCUAACAAUGCCAUCGACGGGAACCGAAAUGGUAUUUAUGGAGAUGGUUCCUGCACCCACACCAAAGCCAACUAUAACCCCUGGUGGCGACUGGACCUUCUAAAGACCUACAAAGUGUUCUCCAUCACCAUCACCAACAGAGUGGACAGUGUUCCCAACAGACUGAAUGGAGCUGAGAUCCGCAUCGGAGACUCAAAGGACAACAACAAUGGCAACAACAAUCCCAGGUGUGCUGUGAUCUCCUCUAUACCUGGAGGCUUCUCCAGCACCUUCCAGUGUAACGGCAUGGACGGUCGAUACAUCAAUGUGGUCCUUCCAGGAAGAAGUGAAUACCUGACCCUGUGUGAGGUGGAGGUCUAUGGGUCACCACUGGACUGUCUCAUUGUCAUAUGGAUGGUGAGAUCAGCCAUGAUGUUCAUCUUGUUGACUCUGCUGGAACUGGCAUGCUCUAUUGGUGCGACCGUCCCAAGAAAUCUUGCCUUGCGUGGAAAAGCUACACAGUCAAACCUCAUUGAGAGCAUAUGGCACGGUUACAGUCAUGCCUCCAAUGCCAUUGAUGGGAACCGCGAUUCACAUUUUCAUCAUGGGUCCUGCACUGCCACUGAGGAAUCCACUAACCCCUGGUGGAGAGUGGACCUGCUUGAUACCUACAUAGUCACCUCCAUCACCGUCACCAACAGAGGGGAUGCUGUUCCUGAGAGACUUAACGGGGCUGAGAUACGAAUAGGAAAUUCUUUAGUGGACAAUGGCAUUCAUAACCCUCUGGCUAAAACAAUUCCCUCCGUUCCAGUUGGCAGUUCUCUCACCCUUGCCUUUGACCCAGGCUUCAAAGGACGCUAUGUGACUGUGGUUCUACCAGGCCAGCAUAGACUUCUGACACUCUGUGAAGUGGAGGUUUACGGCUACCUUGCCCCAACCGGAGAUAAUGUGGCUCUAUAUGGAAAGGCCACCCAGUCGUCUUUGUAUGAGUUUGGCAUUCCAGGCAAUGCUAUUGACGGGAAUCGCAACGCUAUUUUGAUGGGAGGGUCCUGCACCCACACUCUACAGGACAUCAACGCCUGGUGGAGGGUGGACCUUCUGAAGACCUACAAAGUGUUCUCCAUCAUCAUCACCAACACAGUCGACAGUGUUUCCAGCAGACUCAAUGGAGCUGAGAUUCGCAUUGGAAACUCCCUGGAAAACAAUGGCAUCGACAAUCCUAGGUGUGCUGUGAUCUCCUCUAUCCCAGCUGGCACUUCUAGCACCUUCCAGUGUACCGGCAUGGAGGGUCGAUAUGUCAACGUGGUCAUUCCAGGGAGGAAGGAGUUCCUGACCUUGUGUGAGGUGGAGGUGUACGGGUCACCCCUGGAUGGGACUGGGCCUACAUGUAACUAAAUCACAUCAUUAAUUCUAACAGCACCCUGCAAUGUUUGGGGAAUGUAUUGUCUUACGAAAAACAAUUAAUAUUAUUUAGUAUACUUCCAGUAUGUUAAUUAUCAAAAAUGUGUAUUUACUUUCAGUAUARAAAAACAAAUUUGGUCCACUAUUCUGGAAGUUCUUCUUGCACACUGUUUUUGGAAGUUUGGGUAUAAAUUGGCCAACAUUUUUUUGUAACACUUAAAAACAAUAUAUUCAUACAUUUUAUGUAGCCUGAAUUAUUGGUGAGAUGGUUCUCAUUCAUACUUAGAAAUACAUAUAAUGCUGUAAUAGUAUUGCUAUUAUGCUAAAAUGAAUUAAAGGUGAUAUCUUGGAUCUGGAAUUAUU